CGCAGUCAGUGCUGCGUCUGCAACGGAACAGAACACAACAUGUAUAAAUUUGUAUUUAUUUUAAUUGUGGCUUUUGCUAACGCUGAGAAUUUGAAUAAAAAGUUUUGUAUCGGAGAGGACAACACGAAAUGCUCAAUACAUAGCGUAAUCCUAGAUCCGUGUCCUGAAGGACCCGCCUUCUGCACUCUCAAGAGAAACAAGCAAUACACUAUCACUGUGGAUCUUACUCCGCAAUUCUCAGCUAAAACACUGAAGUUAGCGUUAUUUGCCGAUGACACCAACAAGGGUCUCUUUGAUAAGACCGUGAAGAUCCCAAUGGAGGCGUGUGACGUGCUCACCUGUCCGAUGGAGGCGAACGUCAGGAGACUAUUUGACGUGGACUUUGUUCUGGGAAAGACUCUUGGCACAGAAAAGUUUCCACUAAAAGUGAAACUAUGGAACGAAGACGAUGAUUCUCAAUACUGUUGCUUCACUUUCAGUGUUAAAAUGUUUAAAUAAACAUUUUUUUUAUUACAAAAACGUUAAAAA